AUGAGAGCUAGGGGUCCUUCAAAAGAACAAGAAUCAAUAGGAAAAUCUGUGGACAACAACUCAGUUCAUAAAAGAAGAUAAGAAUUAUGGGAAAAGUAGAUGGGAUCAAAUUAAGUGUGCCAAGGGUAUAUUUCUAAUACUCAGGGAAGUGCUGAGUCUGGAAUAAAAUAGUUUUUGUCUUCAAUGAGAAAAAAUGGCAGUUUCCAAUAAAUAGAAAGUUAAUAUAGACCUAAUAUCACAGAAAAUGAAACUGAAUCACCAAAUAAGUCAUAACUGAAGGUCACAGACACCUAAUUAUUGACUCCAUUACAAAAACAUACUUCAAAGAACUAGACAACUUAUGAUAUUUUGUCUCAGAUCUAUGAAUUACAAAAUAGGAAGAGCAGAAAUCAAUCUUUAUUGGAGGAAUUAAUGAGAAAAACUAAAUAAGCAAAUGAUAAUCUAACGUUUCAAAGAAUACUCCAAAGAAAAAAGUACUAUAAAAGAUCAUAGAGAUGUUAAUCAGUGGCUCAAAAAGAAUACGAGUUGGAAUAACUAAAAGGUCAAUUGAUUUAAGUGAAAUAAGUCUAAGUUCUACAAAUAUAAAAGGAUCAAACACCUAAGUAACAAGAAAAAUUAAUGCCACUUUUAGUUAGAAAAGAAAAAACUAAAAGUCCACCUUCUAAAGAUAAUGAGAGAAAGAAAGUGUAAGUUCCUCUUUGUAAAGCAAAAAAGAUAGUGAUUGAUGACACUAGAUUUUGGGACAUUGGGUUUACUAAAUUUAUACAGAAUCCAAGUUAUUAGGAAAUCAAUCAAUUAAUUAAUUUUUGUAAUGGAAUUCAAGUAAUUCCAGCGUUGCAUUAAAAAUAUUAUAAGUUAUUUGUAGGCAGAGGCAAUAACCAUAUGAUGAUAAAAGGAAUAUUUAACUUAAGACCAUAAUGGAGUAUUGCAAAUUCAAUAGAUGAUGAUGCUGAAAUCAAUUUUGUAUGGACUCAAAAAUUCAUUGAUCUACAACCUUCAGAAAUUAAACCCAUUGCUCAAACUAUCAUAUCUGAGGAAAUUAAUAGUUGGAUUGACUCUUAGUAAAUGAGUGUGAUAAAAUAGGCUUGGGAUAAGAUUGAAGGGAAGUCAAAAAAGAAAUUAAAUGAAUAUAAUAUAGAUAGUCCACCAAUCUUAAAUAAUUUACACAAUUACAAGGAGUUAACCCAAUUAAAUCAUUAGACAACGAACAUUCGUAUUCAUAACCAUCUCAAGGGUGGCCAUCAAUUAGGUGACAAGAAAUGGCUAUUCCAUAAUCUCUCUGAAUAUUGUUCAGAAUAGAGUAUUGAUGUAUGGAAUUACAUUCCAUUGACUUAUCAUAUUCAUGGUCCAACCGAUCGAGAAUUCAUUAGUUUCUAAUAAACAUUCUAACAUCUGGCUUUAGACAAAGAUAUUAAGAAUAUAUGGAUCAUAAAACCAGGAGAGGAUAGUAACAGGGGCAAUGGAAUUAAAGUCUCAAAUUAAAUGUCAGAAAUUGUCCAACACAUCUCUCAAUAGGGCCAUACAUUUAUUCUGUAAAAAUACAUCGAAAAUCCUUUUUUAUAUCAAAAGAGAAAAUUCGACAUAAGAGGAUAUUGUUUAAUCACUAUUAUGAAUGGAGUUAAAAGAGUUUAUUGGUACAAAAAAGGCUAUUUGAGAACAUCAAGUAGUUUCUUUACUUUGGAGUCUUUAGACAAUCAGAAAAUACACUUAACCAAUGAUGCAAUAUAGAAUAAAUUAAAUGGCUAUGGGAAAUUUGAAAAAGGAAAUAAGGUUUCUUAUGAUCAAUUCUAAGCUUAUUUAAUAGAGCAUAACAAGUAAAACAAUACCUCAUUAAGUUUCGAUGAAUUAUAUGCUGAUAUGAAGGCUCUUACUAAAUUGGCCACGCAAUCAGCAAUUGAUAAAAUCACAAAUGAAGAACAAAUUUUAGGAUUCGAAUUAUAUGGUUUAGAUUUUAUGAUUUCUAGCAGUUUUAAACCAAUACUCAUAGAAUUCAAUACUAAUCCUUGUAUAGAGACUGGAUGUCCAGUUCUGACUAAGAUAAUUACAGGACUUUUAGAAAAUCUUAUGAGAUUCAUCAUUGAUCCUUUAUUUCCAGCUAAAAGAAUGGGUAAUGAUGACUUUAUGAAUAAAAAUGAUUUUGAAUUAUUGUUGUCAUGUUGA